UAAGCCCAUUUUCAUUUAUCUUUCUUAUUCCCUUUGCAUUCAAGACAAACUAUUUAAUAGAAUUGCAUGCAUUUCACCCGAGUGUGGGUUGUACAUUACAGAACAAAAAUUUCAUUCAUGCGCCAUACCACGGUUUCCUCUUAUCGAUCCAUGACAUGCUUAAGACUAUUCCUGGUACCUAGUCGACUCCUCUGGAGCUAAUUCCUACCCGGGUAUAAGAAUCCGAAUUCGGGUGAGUGCUUUAGCUCCCACCACCCAGCAGAAAACAGAAGAGAAAGUAGUAUUGGUUAUGCACAGUGUAUAGAACUUCUCGUUACUUUGCUACUUUCUCGUCGUCCCAGCCCAGACUUACACCACCAUGACCACCCGAGAACCGAAAAGGCAGACUUGUACCCUUUCUCCUUCCAUUUACUCAUCAUCGCCACUAUUCACCGUGCCAUACCAUCAACACCACCUUUCCUCUCCCCCAGCAGAAAUAUAGAGCACGAGUUACACCCAAUUGAUUCACCCACUCACACUUUACACCACUGCAAUCAUUCCAUCGACGGAUGAGAGAUAAGUGACAAACAAGUAACAAACUAAUUCGCGACAAGUUUUUGUCGGAUAAAAAAGUAUCAGAUUUAGAAGAAAGUUUGAAAAUAAGAAAUGAGAAUUUCUUGGGACAUGAGUGAACCCACGCUACGAUCAUGCUUAUCCAUCUGAUCAGUUUCGACAGUAGUUUUUGCUUAGCAGAAUAUGUUAAAGGGCGUAAAGAAGGGGCUGAAGAAGAAGAUAAAAGGGAAGAAGCACGGCAAAGCGGACGAGGACGACUUAUUUGACCCAGAGCAGUUGGAAAAACUUAAGCGUGAACUUGAAGAGAAGCGUAAAGCCGAAGCAGCUGAAGGAGGCGAAUCAUCGUCCCAUAACGGAGGUCAACAAGCAGCUGCGUCCAGUGCCGCACAAGACGAGGAGUGGGCAAAAUUUAAAUUACUCACUGCCGGAGUUGACACCGUCUUAAACAAAGCAACUGAAGAAUUAGGAAAAAUUAAAGAAACUUCAUUCUUUCAAAGAGUUGUCACUGAUCCUACAAAUCUUUGGAGACCUGAUAAAGGCCCAGGAGCGCCAGUAGUAGAAACUAAAGUUGAAGAAGAGGUCGAGGUUCCAGUAGAAGAAGAGAUUCCAGAAGAGCCUGUCGUCGCUCCAGAAGACGUUGAACCAGUUGAACUUGACGAUUCCCUUUUCGACACUGCUUAUUUAGAUGCUAUCGCCGCUGGUGAAAUCAAGCUAGCCUACAUCCCCGAUUCCCCCACAGAAGAAGAGGGCGACGAUCCAUUUGACACUUCUGGCGUAGCAGACGUCGUCAAACGAAUCGAGGAGGCCGAAAAGAAGGCCAAGCGACAAGUCAACCUCGGUUCUGCCGCAAGUUUUCUUAGUGGGAAGGGUGCUACCGAGGGGGAGCUCGACAACAGCAGGGCACGCCCCAGAGCAGGUGGAAGGACUGGGAGAGCGCGUCCCAGGGCUGUAAAUCUCUUAGGCGACUCUGAAAACGCUCCUGCCGCCCCAAUCUUUGAAAGUGCAAGUAAAAAGGAAGAACAAAAGGAUAUUUUUGACGACCUCCUCAACUCUGAACCAAACGACGCAUUACCGCUACCAGAACUCGAAUCUUGUAUUUUGGCAAGCACUUCUCCCGUUCCGAGCGUCCAAGUUGUAAAAUCCGAGUCACCCACUACUGACAAAGCCAUACAAGAUAUCCUUGGCGAAUUUGAUGAUAUCUUAGCAAAAGCAGAAUCAUCCAGUAGCGAACCACCCACACGACUUGUUGGAGGAAGUGCAGAUUAUUUAAGAUCAAUUUUAGAACCGGAGGAAGACCUCGACGACGAAUUUGCAGCCCUUGCAAGUGAGUCCUUAGCAAAAAGCCCGUUGCCUGUGAAAGAGGAGGAGGCAGAAGCAGAACCAGAAGAGGACGACCCCUUCGACACAACCUUUGUCGAAAAGGUUGUCGUUGAAGAGAAAGAAGUUGAACAAGUUGAAUUAAAAAAGGACGACGACGAUGACUUUGAUUUUGAUCCCCGAGCUGACGAACCUGCUCGUCUGACCCCACCACCACAAUCUCUUUUAGACGAUCAUUCCCCCACUGGAGAAAACUUGCCCACACUCGAACUUCAAUUUAGAGCCAAAGCAGCAACUGGGCAUUUAGUUGAUCACGCAGAAUUAAAGGCACCCGGUGAAAAAGAAACCGAUCCUUUUGAUACAUCAACAGUAAAAGUUGUCCUACCUGGUCGAGCAGAACUAAAAUUACUAGAAGAAGAACUUCUUAACGCAGAGGUUGCCCCAUUGACGGCAAAAAUCCCCCACUUGCCAGCUAAAUUUAGCGCCCCUGCAAAACCAGUAGAACCAGAGGACGACUUUGAUUUUAAUCCACGUUCUGAGGAGGAAAAGCCUGAUCAUCCAUUCGAUCAGGGAGACGAGAUCGUAAAUCCACCCCUAGCCGACUCUGAGGAUCACAGAGUUUUAAUUCCACAACAAGAAGAAGAGGCGGAACUAGACCCAUUCGACACGAGUUGCGUUGCAGGUCUCAACUUGGGUCCGGGACAGUUAGAAUUAAAACUACUGGAAAGCGAAUUGGUCUCCAGAGACGAAACUCAACAUCCUGUUACAGCAGGGACAAGUGGUUUAGAACAACUUGAGGACGACUUUGAUUUCGAUCCACGUGGUGACGAGGAACCCGAUCCAUUCGUUGUUGUUGUAAAGCAAGGAAUUCUCAAGACAGAGGACAUAUUUGGUGAUCACGAGGAGGAGUUUAUUGGCACGGACAAACCUUUAAUUCCUCAACAGGAGGGUGUAACGCUAUCCCCUAAACCACUUCAACCAGAGAAUCAAGGAGACCACGACGACGACGUUGACCCAUUUGACACUUCUUCCAUUGAAGUGAUUAAGCUUUUGCCACCCUCAGAACUAAAAGCGAUCGAAGCUCAUCUCAUCUCAGCACCCGAAUUUUCUCAAACUGCUCCUCAAAUUAAACUAAAAGCUGCAUUUUCUGCACCAGCCGUUCCCCAAACGUUUGUCGAAUUAAAACCGCAACUUACUGUGGACGAGGAAGCUGCAUCGGAAAAACCACAUCUUUUGGAAGAGGAGGAUCCAUUUCAUCUAGAAAUUGAACACAAACCACUGACUCCUCUAGAAAUUCCUGACUUUGACCCCUUUGAUACAUCCAUUGCAGAAGGCGUGAUUCCAGGAAAAACUGAAAUUCGUGUCCUUGAGCAAGAACUUCAACUUGGGUUUGACGGAUUGAGUGGGAGGAGAUUAUCAGACCCAGACUUUGACCCGAGAGGGGCAACCGUUGUGAAGGAACCACAACCCAUUCAUCCGGCUGCGUUAUCAUACGUCUCAAAAAUUUUGGAACCAACUCGGUCAGGAAGUCUAAAUCUAGGCGCCGAUGAAGACGACGUUGACCCCUUUGAUACUUCCGCAGCAGAUAACUUCACAAGUAAUAUUGGUCCGCCAGUGACAGCAUUAGCAACAAAUCAACAACCCCCAGAUUUGAAAGCCUUGGAGGCUGAACUUCUCUAAAUCCGCACUUUGGAAUCUCAAUUGUG